UAAUCUUCCACUUCCUGUCAAGUCUGCGUGACGUUUCACUUCCACAGAGUAUCACCUCUGCCCUGGAGAUGUGCUAAGCUAAAGCAAAUAGCUUGAGGCAAAGAUGUUUGUCGUCAAAAACCGAAUCAAAUACAGCCCUCUCGGCAUUGCCACAGCGAGGAUGCUCUCCUCGGGUCCGGUCGAGAACCCUGUCGUUUUUCUGGACAUCGAGGCGGACGGUGAGCCUCUGGGGAAAAUAAUCAUUCAGCUGAAUGCCGACGUGGUGCCAAAGACUGCGGAGAACUUCAGAGCCUUGUGUACAGGAGAGCAUGGCUUUGGCUACAAGGGGUGUGUGUUCCACAGGAUCAUACCACAGUUCAUGUGCCAGGGAGGAGAUUUCACCAAACACAACGGAACCGGAGGGAAAUCUAUAUACGGAAAAACCUUCAAGGAUGAGAACUUUAGGUUAAAACACACCGGAGCAGGGACUUUGUCAAUGGCCAACUCAGGCCCAAACACAAACGGCUCCCAGUUCUUUAUCAGCACCACCAAAACCGAAUGGCUGGACGGCAAACACGUCGUGUUUGGACAGGUAACGUCAGGUAUGGACGUGGUGUCAAAAAUGGAAGCCUUUGGUUUACAUGAUGGCGGUGUGAUCAAGAAAAUAGUUGUGGCAGAUUGCGGGCAAGUGAAAUAGAUUUCCAUGCGGGCCUUCGGAUAAAAGGACUUCUCAUAAAUCUUUCUCGCAUCAUUCAUCUGAUGUGUUGACAAGUUCGGGGUCAUCCUUUUGAGUCCAAAUCUUCAUAUUGUGCAAUUCCCCCGGCCACUUCCUGCCAAAUAAACGUCCGAUGUUCCCGCUCUCUCGGCCCACUCUGAGGACAUUGGCUCGUGCCCCCGCUGCUUUGCAACCUUCCUGGAAAACAGCCAGUGGCUUUUUUUAGACUCCACCGCUUCCUGUCCAUCCCAGCAGGAAGUGACAUCAGGUGACAUCCAUGCGCCGGCCUCAAUCUUGCGCACCAGAAAGUGUCUUUGGGCCCAUAUGUGAGGCUGGCUGCUUGUGUUGCUUGCCAGGCUGGUGCUUUAUGUAAGUAAAUAAUAGAGAUUUUUUUUUUUUGGGAGCCCCCCCCCCGCAAAUAAAAACCAUCUGCAUGCUGACCUUCCACCAGCGUUUGUUUGCGCUCUCACGUUACACAGUUGCUGUGGAGAUGCUGGCACGUUGUUCCGGCUUGAGAUGUUGUAACAAACUUGACAGAAUUUGGGCCCCCACCCUGGCUUUGAACAUGGCUUGUUUGUUUUGUUUCAGCAUAACAAUCUCCGCUGUCGUCACACAUUUUUGUUUUGACAAUUUAAUAGCAGCUCUAUUUCUAAAAAAAGUGUCCAUGGUUGACCUCAAAUAAAGUCCAGUUGUUUUAGUUGGC